CUUUCUUUUUCUCCUUUUUCCUUUCCGAGGACUGAGGGGCUCCUGCCUUUCACUCCAGAACAGACCCAAUGUCCUGAAACACCAAAGAACCCCAAGAGAUGGACCCAGUGCAACUGGCUCGGGUGGACAAUUCCCUGGGGUCUGGUUGGGGGUUUGCUCCUUGCUUCAGUGACAGUGGUCAUGCACAAGACAAUCAGCCCUUUUUGGGAAAGGAAACAGGUAUUUCUGGGUGCCAAACCUGUCCUGGUGCUGUUCCCCAGCACAGGCUGCCGGGAGAGGUGCAGCUCUGGGAAAAGCCACCUUCAGCAGCUCCCAUCCAGGUGGGACUGGGGAGGCUGUUGGUUUCCCUUUGCUGUUUUGUGCUUGGAGGUUUAUUUUAUGACUCCAGACUUGGUGACCUGGAUGCGGAACCUCAGCUCAUUGUAUGUGGGGGAUGGAGCUUGAAGUCCCUCCCUAUCCUGGGUUCAGCUAGGAUAGAGUUAAAUUUCACUAGAAGCUGGGAUGGGACAGAGCCAGGACAGGUGACCCAAACUACCCAAAGGGGGUAUUCCCUACCAUGCGACAUCAUGCUCAGCAUAGAAGGGGGGGCUAGUCGGGGAGUGGCUCGAAGAUGGUCCGGCUUUGGGAGGGGUCUGAGCGUGCUGUCUGAGUUGUAGGGGUCGUUGAGUGAGAACCUGCGUUGUGUAUCACCAAUUGUGUAUAAUCUCCAGGAGACGGGAAGUGAGCGAGGAGCUGCCUGGUGGAAACUCCCACAGGCAGGAAUUCUGAAACUGAAACGGCAAUGACUGGAUUUAUUGGGCAGCCUGGUGCCUUCCGCAAAUCGUGCAAAUCAGCUCCAGACGCAGAUGUGGCUCCCCGCGAGCCCCGGGGGCCUCCUGAGUUAUUUGGUGACUCUGCACGUCCUGCGGCUGGGCUCAGCAAACUUCAGUGUGGUGGGACCAGGCCACCCUCUCCGUGUCACCGUGGGGCAGGACGUCGUGUUGCCAUGUCACUUGUUUCCCAGCAUGGAGGCUCGGAGCUUGGACAUCAGGUGGAUCCGGCACCAGGUCUCUGAAAUAGUGCACCGCUACCGAAAUGGAGAGGACCUGUAUGGGGACCAGAUGGAGGAAUAUGUUGGGAGGACAGAGUUGGUCAGAGAUGGUCUCUCCAGGGGACGCCUGGACUUGCGAAUCUCUGGGUUGAGACCCUCGGAUGAGGGUUAUUACGUCUGCACUGUGAGAGAUGGUGCCUCUUAUGGAGAAGCUACGGUGGAUCUGGAGGUGUCAGCCACAGGCUCUGGCCCUCAGCUCUCCCUGGAAGCUUACGAGGACGGAGGCAUCCGGGUGGUGUGUCGAUCGGCCGGCUGGUACCCACGACCUGAGGUGCUGUGGAAAGAUCCCGGUGGGCAGCAUCUCCCCUCGGUCUCCCAGAGAUAUUCCUUUGAUGAGAGGGGCCUGUUUGACACCGAAGAUGUCAUCAUUGUGACCGAUGGGAACAGAGAUGGGAAAUGGUCCUGCGUGGUCAGGAACAGCCGCCUCAACCAGGAGCAGGAGACGUCCCUGCACAUCUCAGCUCCCUUUUUCCACAAUGCCCGUCCCUGGAUGGUUGGUGUGGGGGUGCUCCUCGUGCUUUCAGCUGUGUUCCUUGGCCUCAGUGCUUAUCUGUGGAGAAGGAAAGUGCUGCAGUCCCGAGAGCUGGAGUAACAAGAGGCAGCACUGCAGUGUGAGUCUCCAUGAGCGGUGGCACGGUGUGGUGUCCUGUUCUGUCCACUCUGUGCUCAGCCCUAUCCCUCCUUGCCCGUCUUCUCCAUCCCUGCAUCCCCUGGCUCUGGGAAAGCCCAAGGCGAUGUGCUUGGGAGGGCGAGCAGCUCAGGGACACCAGCCCACGCCUGGACCCUCUCCCCUGCCCAGAGGUGCUGGGGACUGGCUGUGGGAUGUGACCAGUUCUUGUCUCUCCUUGUAGCCACACCCCAAAGCGCCUGUGGUCAUGAAGAAUUCCAGAGCAGAGCCCCUGCCCUUCUGCAGACACUCCUGGCUCUCCUCUCCUCCAUCCCGCAGCAGCACAUGUCCCUCUCUGCCCUGCCCAAGCCCACCCUGCCCAGGCACAGCACCAUGGCCUUCAAUAAAGCUUUGUGGGUGAC